GUCCUCCGCUGCUUCCCCUGCGAGCCAUCCUGGUCGGACCGGCCGUUCCUGCUCCGCUCCCGCGCCGUCUCGCCCGCCGGUACCACCAUGACGCGCUCCAAGACCUUCCAGGCCUACCUGCCCAACUGCCAUCGAACCUACAGCUGCAUCCACUGCAGGGCUCACCUGGCCAACCACGACGAGCUCAUCUCCAAGUCUUUUCAAGGAAGUCAGGGCAGAGCGUACCUGUUCAAUUCUGUGGUGAAUAUUGGUUGUGGGCCGGCGGAGGAGAGGGUGCUGCUUACAGGCCUUCAUGCCGUGGCGGACAUCUACUGUGAGAACUGUAAAACCACCUUAGGAUGGAAAUAUGAACACGCCUUUGAGAGCAGUCAGAAGUACAAGGAGGGCAAGUUCAUCAUCGAGCUCGCCCACAUGAUCAAGGACAACGGGUGGGACUGACGCCCCCCUCUCCCCCCAUCGACUCGUACACGAAAUCUCACCCUCCUGACCUGAUCCUGACCUGAUGAUGUGAUGUGUGAUCAGCGCUGUCUCCCUCCUGUUAUCUUUAAUUCCUUCAGGAUCAGCACAGAAUCCAUCGACCUGUCGAUCUUUCUAUCAUGUAUUGGUGAGAUUGUGGGAUUGUCAGCGUCACAUGGAGGCUCUGAAAGCUUUUUGAGGCGGUUGUGCGUGUGUGUGUGUGUGUGUGUGUGUGUUCAUGAGCAAAUGUGGCGCACCCGUGUAGCACAUUCAUGCCUGCAUAAAGAUAAAGAAAGCAGAUAUUUAGAGGAGGUAGGUUUCCAAAAAAGCUUUUGUUGUCACACUUGCUGAUUUCCUCAGUGGCUGGAUCCAUGGAGAAUAGCCUUAGUGACCGAUAAAGAAGCCGACAGGGUUAAGGGCCUUGCUCAAGAGCCCAACGGUGGCUGCACUAGACCACCACUGUCCCACAUGAUGAUAAAGUGGCACAUGCUAAAGUAUUAGGUCUCCUAUCAAGAGACUCAUCUGUUCCCGAUUUGCACAAUUUAUUUAUAAACGUAUUUAUUGAUUAUUGGUUCGGACGUCGAUCCCUGGGUCAAACCUGCGGCUCCUCUGACGUCUUUCAGUAGUAGCGCCUUCGUUUAGUUUAUGAUAUACAUGUGGCUCUGACGUGGGUUCAUCCUGAAUCUGGUUUGUUUUGGUUUUGUGAUGGACCGAAUGCUUCUCAUAUUACUUUAGUUACUGGGAAUGAUGGGAACAGGGUUUGGGCCAUGCCCAAACAAAUAAAUACACAAGCGAAGGCGAAAACCCUGGACGUAACCAAAGACUUCUCAGUCUGCGCUGUACGCUGACCGAAACGUGUCGUGUGUGUCCAGUUUAAUUUGCAUCUUUGUGUGAGGACUUUACAUUUGAUCCUGUGUUAAUGUUCUGUGUCGAUUAAUGUUGCUUUACUUUCUAAUUACACAAACACACACAGUGUUGUGUCUGUGGGCCUGUUAUAAUUAAACUUUGUUUGUUUACAAUUUGUAAAUGUUUCCUAAAUAGGAAAAGUCAAUAU